AGUUGUAUCAGUUUUAAACAUCAACAAUUCCAAACACAUCAUCGAAAAGAUGCUGUACCAAAAGCAGCUAAUCUUGCUCGUCCUGCUGGCAGGAAGUGCCUUUCCAGCUGCCGUAGAUAAAGCUCACGAUGUCGAAAAUCUAACUGGCCAAAAAAUAGCGAAAGCUAGAUUCUCGACUGACGUAGCUACGGAUAAGUAUACGCCCCCAGAGGAGAUGGAUCCACAAUUUUGGUACGAUUUGGCCUAUGAGGAGAUUGCCCAGAGACUCGAGUUGCCCCAGCCCAAUGCGAAGAAGGCCAAGAACAUCAUACUCUUCCUGGGCGAUGGCAUGUCCCUCUCCACAGUGGCAGCAGCGCGAAUCCUGAAGGGUCAACGUCAAGGAAACACUGGCGAGGAGUCCUCCCUCAGUUUUGAGAAGUUCCCUUACACAGGACUUAGCAGGACUUACUGUUCCAAUGCCCAAGUGCCCGACUCUGCCUGCACAGCCACCGCUUAUCUGUGUGGUGUGAAGACCAACAUCAUUGAGAUUGGCGUCAGCGCUGCCGUCAACUUCAAUAAUUGUACUGCCAGUCAGGAUCCCGCCAAUCGUCUGACCUCCAUUGCGGAAUGGGCACAGAAUGCGGGCAAAUCAACUGGUAUCGUUACCACAACAACUUUGACUCAUGCCAGUCCAUCGGGUGCUUAUGCCAAGACUGCGAAUCGCAUGUGGGAAUGCGACACGGAUGUCGAAUACUAUGGCGUCGAUCCCACGGAAUGUAUUGACAUGGCCACUCAGCUAAUUACCCAAGUGCCCGGCAAGAACUUUGAAGUUAUGUUCGGUGGUGGUUUCGGCAAGUUCGUGCCAAAUACAAUCAAGGAUCUUCAUGGCAAUCCUGGCGAACGCUCGGACGGUGUUAACCUCUUGUCUAAGUGGCAAGCUCAACAUCCUGGUGGCGUUCUGGUCAGCAACAGGGAUCAGUUGCUCAAAGCCAAUCUUUCGGCGGUGACCAGCAUUGUGGGUCUAUUUCAGACGGAGCUCAUGAAAUUCCACUUGGAGGCGGAUGAAACUUAUCAGCCUACGUUAUCCGAGCUGACAGAGGCAGCCAUCACAAAGCUGAGCCAAAAUGAGAAUGGCUACUUUGUGUUCAUUGAAGGCGGUCUUAUUGAUUACGGCAACCAUUACACCCAAGCUGGCUAUGCUCUUGAUGAGGCGCUAGAAUUCGAGAAGGCCAUUAAGUUGGCUCGUGACAUUACUGACAUUGAGGACACUUUGAUUGUGGUCACUUCGGAUCACGGACACGCUUUGUCCAUUGCUGGUUAUCCUGGUCGUGGCACGCCCAUUCUUGGACUCAAUCAGCAUGACACCGAUGUUAAUGGCGUCAAGUACGCGGUGCUCAACUACGCUGUUGGACCCAAGAACUAUCUGGAUAGCGAGGGAAAUCGCAUUGAUUUGAGCGAUCAGAUCGGCGGAGAUGACUUUGUGUUCCCCGGCUAUAUCACUAAGGAUCAAGGUGUUCACUCAGGCGAUGAUGUUGGCAUCUUUGCCUCGGGACCUCAAAGCCAUCUCUUUACCGGGGUGAUGCAGCAGAGCACCAUCCCCCAUCUGAUGGCCUAUGCUGCCUGCAUUGGUAGCGGACCUCAGGUCUGCGAUGCUGAGUAGAUCGGUCAAGAAGGUCAAGAAAGAGAGGAAGGAGUCUAGUAUAUAUUAAAUAAAAAAAACUGAGAUCCGUCACGUCAAGCGACGUGAAUAAAUGAGCAUAAAA